GAGCCCGACUCCUCCAGCCCGAGUCGCGCCGCGCGAGCCGCCGAUGGAGAGCUGCCGAGUCCGGCCUGAGUUUGGCGACUGCUAGACCGCGAGGCCCGGGUGGCUGAGGAAGAAGAGGCGGCGGCGGGGGUGCAGCCCAGCCGGGCUCGCCCAGCAUGGUUGAAUAUGUUGUGGAAUAUAAUUAUGAUGCUGUACAUGAUGAUGAGCUAACCAUUCGAGUUGGUGAAAUCAUAAGGAAUGUGAAAAAGCUAGAAGAGGAAGGAUGGCUAGAAGGAGAACUAAACGGAAAAAGGGGCAUGUUUCCUGAUAACUUUGUUAAGGCAAUUAAGAGAGAAACUGAAUCUAAAGAAGAUGGCUUGCCAGUCAAAAGAAAAAGGCAUGGAAAUGUGGCCAAUCUUGUUCAGCGUAUGAGUACUUACGGGCUUCCAGCUGGAGCAUUCCAGCCUCAUUCCCAGGGUAAAGGCAUCAGAAGAAGGUCAAAAAAGCAGCCAUGUAAAGUUCUAUUUGAGUAUACACCUCAGAAUGAGGAUGAGUUAGAACUGAAAGUAGGAGACAUCAUAGACAUGAAUGAAGAGGUGGAAGAAGGCUGGUGGAGUGGGACUUUGAAUGGCAAGUCAGGCCUUUUUCCUUCUAACUUUGUAAAAGAACUCGAGGUAACAGAUGAAGGAGAAAUACAAGAAAGCCUAGAAGACACAGAAUCUGUUUUUCAUGGACCACAGUCACCUGCAUCCUCACCAGGGAAUGUUGGUGAGUCUGCAUUUGCACAGAUAGCACAACCAAAGAAAAUCAGAGGAGUUGGGUUUGGAGAUAUUUUCAAAGAAGGCUCAGUAAAACUUAAGCCAAGAUUGUCCAGUAAUGAUUCAGAAGAAAAAAAGCAAGAUAAGCCAUUACCUAAUCUUCCGUCUGGACCAAAAGUAACCCCAUUCUCUGGUAUAACAAAAUCAGAAAUGGCAACAGAAGUAACAAAAGUAGAAACGGAAAGCAAACAAAAACCUAAAGAAUACUUCAAAACCUUGUUUGCCUAUGAAGGUACCCAUGAGGAUGAACUUAAUUUUAAAGAAGGUGAUAUUAUCCAAAUAAUAAGUAAGGACACUGGAGAGGUAGGAUGGUGGAGAGGCAUUCUUAAUGGUAAAGAAGGCGUUUUUCCAGACAACUUUGCAGUUCAGAUUUCUGAAUCAGAUAAAGAUUUUCCUAAGCCAAAGAAACCACCACCUCCUGCAAAAGGUCAAGGUUCAAAGGCUGACCUUCUGUCUGUGGAGAAGAGGUUUCCUCAUCUCAGGAAUGAAGAAAAGGAUGAAAAACCAGUGUUGGAUCCGAAGACGUGUAAACCAGUGGCUCCCCAAGUACCACCGAAAAAGCCUGUCCCUCCAAACAAGGCUAAUAGCAUAUUAAAAGCUGGGAUGUUGCAUUCAAAAUGGCCAGAUAAAGCAGUUUUGCAACCACUAGUUUCUAAGAUAAAUGGGGAAGUUGCAUCCUGGAGGCCAAAAUCUGAAAUUGAGCCAGCAGUGAAACCAAAGUUAGACUCUGAACAGUUACCAUUGAAAUCAAAAUCAGUAGAGGUAGACUCAACUGCAAUACAGAACUUGAAAGAACCAGAACAUUUAAGUUUUGAUGAUCUAACACCUACCUCAGAUAAUUUAUCACAUCCCACUGCAGAUAGGCCAAAGAUGCAUGGCAGAAGGCUUCCUGCUCGUUUCAGUGGCAGUAAUUCUCCUACUCAGAUUCAAAGUGUAGAAAAAAAUGUGAAGGUGCAUAAAGAGGAAGAAGAAAGUGCCAAAUUAAAAACAUAUGAGGGUAAAAAGCCAUCGACUCUUACUUCACCAGUUCUGUCUUCAUUACCACGACCAAGUUCUCUUGUAAUCAAUGCAAUUGCUGGAGAAGCAAAGGUUAACCAGGAAACAGAAGAAGGGGAAAAACCUUCUCUAGAAGAGCUCAGGUCUCAGAUCUUUGAUCUCCUGUUGGUUGUAGAAACCUUGAAAAAAGAGCAUGGGAAACAACUGGAAAAAUUGAAAAAAGAAUUGGAAGAAGAAAAGCAGAUGCGAAGUAACUUAGAGAUGGAAAUAGAAAAGCUCAAGAAAGCUGUCAUAACCACAUGAAAGAGCCACAUAUGGCGGAUCCUUAAUGUGCCAGGAUUUCAGGAUCAGAAAUGAAAUUGACUUUUUUAACUUCAAGCCAAUGAAUGAUAGCAUUCCAUGAAAAAGAACCUGAAUAUAAUCUUAUUUAUAUUCUGUGAGCUACAAGAAAAAAAUGGAUAGCUUUUUUGCUUGUUUCUUGCCAAUAUAGGAGAGGCCUUAUUUCUUACUGUGCAAGUAUGGCAGGGUUUGCUUGAAAAUACUACUGAAUCUGUAUAAAAAGGGAGUUCUUAGUAGAUUUUUAUUGAAUAUUCCAAUUUUAAGAGAUCUGUGCUAUAAAUAAGGCAAUAUAACUUUGAAAAUAAUCUGUAAAAUAGAGUAUAGGAGAGAGGCAGAUGGUAUAGUUUUGUAUUCAUUAUGGUUACUAUCUUUUCCACCAUGCUAAAGGGAAUAUGAUGUUAAUCAUACGCAGUUUUAUAGUUUAGGUCUUUUGAAUUUGUUCUCACUAUGAAGCAGAAGGAUCACCAAACCCCAGCACUAUGAUGUUUUUACUCUGACUGAGAACAAUACUGUACUUCUUGCACUAUAGGAUUCAUAGAAAGGAUUUAUAAUUGGAGCACACGGACACAUACAUACAUGUGAAUACUUAAAACAGAAAAAUCUAGGCAUAAAAUUGAGAUAAUCCUAUAAUAUGAUAUCCCUAAUUAUUGCAGAAUGUGACAUGUUAAAUAUUCUCUUUUGAGUGUUUCUUUUCACAAAUUAUAACCUAACACUACAAUAUUGUCAGCUUUAAAAAUGCUUUGCACUAAUAAUUGUAACAUUUUAAAGAUCUUCAUAUAACAAAAUGUUUAAAGCUAUCAGUUUGCUAAAUGCAGUCUUUUAAAAUAAGGGUGUAUCAUCUACAGGGCUGUUACAGUAUUCAGUAAAUCAGUAAUGGAUUUUUAGAUAAAUAUUCGGCUUAUGCUUUAGAAGUCAAAUUGAAUUACUGUAUAUUUUAAACAAGGACUCUUUCAGUUACCUUGUUUAAUUUAUUUCCACACCCUAAAAUCCCUUUUCUUCUUCUGUAAAGAGAAACUGAACAUAUUCAUUGCUCUUUUCAAGCCAAAGGUAAAAAUACAGCCUUUCUUCUCUAGCAUUGCUAUCCUAAAACAUUAUAGAAAAAGGGAAGUGUUUCAAGAAUGAUUUUAGGCUUGUUCUAAGUCAAUGGAAAAUUUUUGUGCCUAUCUCCUGCUUUAGAUGGCAUUAAUAUUUUGUCUUAUUUAGAUGUGAACAAACCAUGUUCUCAACAUGAAAAAAUAAAGAUUUCUAAUUCCAGUUACAAAUCAGCGAGUUAAAAUGUGGAAAUGAAUACAUGAGUGUAUAAAGUCAUGAUGCUUGUUUGCUUACACUAUGGAUGCGAAGCUAAUGACAAAUACCUAAUAUAUCAGUUAGUUAAUGAUCAUCCUCUGUUGCCAGUUUUCCUUAAUAAUCACAGUAAUAAAUAAUGUUCUCAAAUUAAUAACUUCUUGCUCAAAACAAGCACUCUUAGUGAUUAAUCUUAUACUAAUUUGUAACUGUUAGAGCGAUUCAUAAUUCUUGGCUUAGUAGUCAAAAUCAUUACUUCUGUGUUUAUUGGCCGCCUCGUUCUGCAGUUUCCAUGCAGAGGAUUCAGAGAUGGGAGGCAUGUUUAGUCUUGAACUGAUCUUUUGCAAGCAGUCCCCUGCAAAGCUCAGCUAAGAGAAAGAGAAACAAGUCAUCUUCCUCAACAGGCAUGGUGGACUGACAGAUGAUGAAGGUGUCCAUCCUCCCAAGGGGCACGUUCACCAGAAGUAUCAUAUUUUGCUGUUGCCUCCCAUCCAGAACAAGUAGGGAGAAAAACUAUUCCUUCCUUUUCUUUGUCAUGGAAUAAAUAAGUUUUUUUGCUUUCCUUGAAUAGCAGCAAUUACACACUCUUGGUGUCCUUUCAAAAACAAAAUUUGCAAAAUAGAAGCUCAGAAACUAUCUGCCAGUUCUUCCCCAAUGCUCAGUAAAGUAUUAUUUUGUUCUCAGUGCAAGUUACCUUUCUGAAAACAGUUUCCACACUGACUUUCUGUUAUCUUCUACCCUCCCCACUCCCCCAAUUACAGAAAUGAGAAAGUAUAGGGAAUUUUAAAAAGUGACUUUGGGUUUUACACACACACAAAAAAAAUACCAGCAAUGAGACAUAGUUCAUACUUUCUUCCAAACUCUCCAGCUUACAGCAAAACCACUGUUUCUUUAUUCUGUACCCCCACAGAAGGAAAAAGUGCCCCCCCCCGGCAAGGGGAUUUUUAAAAAGCUGCAAGGACUUUUUCACCAAAAAUCCACCUCUUCCUGCUGGUAACUGAACUUGAAGGGAAAAUGACUGCUGCUUCAUUCCUCCCAGGAUAAGAAAGGGAAUGAGUUUUCUCUUCCCUUCGUGCUUUUGCAGAAGCAGAAAUAAGUAGAAAUGGUGCCUUAAAAAGAAAAGCCUUACUUGCACUAGUCAAAACACAUUUCUGUUCCUCCCCAGAGCUGUAUUGUUCCACAAGCAGAGCUUUUGGUGAAGUACAGGAACUGGGCAGAGUGGAACCACACACCCAGUAAGAAGAGAUAGAGGUACUGACCUUUGUUGAUUGAUCAGAUCCAUCCCAAAUUAAACAAAAUGGCCUUCAGUGUUGGAACUCGAGAGCUUUUUGCUGAUAACGGUUCUGUUACAUUCUACAGUGAUUAUGCAAAUAAGAAUUGGUUUUAAUUAAAGAAAAAUCAUUUAUAUGCUUCUUAAUGUGAUCCUGAGUGUGAGGCAGAAUGGUAUUAAAUAGAUUGCUGUGAAAGUUUUUUUCUACCUUGAAGCUUAGAGCAGAUAAAUAGGACAAUCAUGGAACUCAGAAGUGUUAAUUAUUAAAUUGUCUUUUUCCUGUAGCAAUAAAUAACCAAGUGCAAUGACUUGAUGUAAUAAACAAAUCUUAGAAAUUGCCGCUAUGAAGGUUUUUUUAGUGAUGGUUAUUUUCUCUAAUGUCUGUCUUUAUACUCUGUGAUGGGAAAUGGGACUGGAUGCAGACAUUCCAAAGAAUAAAAUUUAUUUCAAGCAGGAAUCUUCACUGAGUCGUUUACAGGUGCUGUAAAAUGUUAUAUGCUAUCAAAAUGCCACAAAUAAAAUUAUAUGCUGUUAA